UAUGUCAGCCGUCAGGUGUCAAUGUCAUUUUCUCGUAAAACGUGCAUGUGUAAAUCUUUGUAAAUGUUUAUGAUUUUUGUAUAAUUAUUUAUUAAAAAUGAGAAAUUUAGAACUUUGCGAUGUUGUCGUAAGAGAUAUUCAAGUUAGUUCUGAGGAAACCCCAGCUUUUUGCCUCGGACAUGACGAAGGAAGCUCUUUUAGCGAAUUAUAUGUUUGCACAAAUAACCCUAGUCUACAUGUUUUUAAUGAAAAGGAUGAAGUAAAGUGGAAUAAAGAUGUCUCACAUCUCGUUAGUCCUGACAAUUGUCCAAUGAAUGUUACUUUCUUAUCACUCCAGAAUUCAGUGUGUGUAGGCUUUGAAAAUGGUGAAUUACUUUCUGUCACGGAAGCGGGGACGGUGUGUGAGGUUGUUGGAGUUUUUGACGUUGGAAUACUGGCAAUGGAAUGGAGCCCAGAUCAAGAGUUGCUCGCAAUUGUCACAAAAGAAUUAAACAUGGUACUACUUUCCUGCACAUUUGAUCCUGUUAAUGAAGUGAACUUGCUAAAUGCAGAGUUUGGCGAGAAACAAUUCAUCACAGUUGGAUGGGGAAAGAAAGAGACACAGUUCCAUGGGUCUGAAGGAAAACAGGCCGCUAAACUGCAAAGGGAAGUUAGUGCUGAUCCAAAUGCUUCAUCAGAUAAUAAAGUGAAAUUAACUUGGAGGGGAGAUGGCAGUCUGUAUGCAGUAGGUUUUAAUGUGGAUGGAAUCAGAAGAUUCAAAGUUUUUGAUAGAGAAGGCCGUUUACAAUAUACAAGUGAAAAGCAACAAGGAUUAGAAUCAAAUUUAUCUUGGCGACCCAGUGGCAAUGUUAUAGCUACAACACAGAAAGUAAAUGAUAAAUACAUUUUAUCCUUCUUUGAAAAAAAUGGAUUAAAACAUGGAGAGUUUGAAAUAACAGUGAAUUCUACUACAUAUGUUAAAAAUAUAACUUGGAGCCUAGACUCAGAAAUAUUGACCCUACAUUGCAAAGACAUUGAAACAAAUACACAUAAGCUGUUGUUAUAUACAUCAGCUAAUUAUCAUUGGUAUUUAAAGCAAACUUUGCUGUUCAACAGUAAGCAAGACAUAACUAAAAUUAUGUGGGACAAUGAUUUUGAUGUUGCUAAUAAUAAGAAACUUCACAUUAUUUUGAAUGAUGGAAGUUAUUUGAUAUAUUCCUGGAUUUGGACCAUAGAUCAUAGCAAGGGAAUUAGUACUGAUGAUGAUGCAGUAGUCGCCGUAAUAGAUGGUUGUAAACUUUUAGUUACUGGUUUUAGACAAGCAGUGGUACCACCUCCAAUGUCAUCAUUUGAAACUGUGCUCGAUGCUUCUGUUAAUUCUGUGUGUUUUGCUCCACAAAAAUCUCAGAAUGGGCUAAGCAGUAACUCAUUUUUUGUGUGCACUGUAAAUAAUAAAUUAAUAUAUUACACACAGACACAAAAAUUCCCUCUAAAAUAUGAAAUCUCAAAAACAGUACAGUUAAGCAGAAAUGACUUUCCAUUCCAAUACUACAAUUGGUAUUGGCUGAGUUCAGAACUCAUAGUGUGUGUUAUGGUGAAAAACAAAUCAUAUUACUUAAUUGAGUUUACAAUUGAUGGUAGCAAAAUUACACAAACAGAAACUACUUCUUUGCCAUCUUGUGUAACAAGAAUAGCAUCUAAUCCAAAAGAUUCAAGUAAAUUAUUUUUGCUACUUAGCAAUGGGGAAAUAUUACAAUACCAGGCUGGUGGGUUUAUAGAAGAGCAAUAUGUAUCCUUCAAUGUUUCAUGCACCAAAUUUAAUGUAUUUAUUAUAGAGGAUGAAUUGCAUUUUAUUGGUCUUACCCAUAAAGGUAAUCUAUACAUUGGCAACAGAAUGAUAAUGAACAAUGUGAGCUCUUUCUUCAUUCAUACAGACUUUUUACUUCUCACAACAUUGCAACAUGUGCUCUUGUGUGUAAAACUGACACCACAUGGACUCAAUGCAAUCAGUGAAUAUCAAAAAUCUGAAUCUAAUUUGGUUUAUAAGAGAAAGAUUGAGAGAGGUACUAAAUUAGUAAUAGUAGUGCCAAAUGAUACAAGAACAGUGUUUCAAAUGCCCCGAGGCAAUUUGGAGUCUAUACAGCCAAGACCUUUGUCCCUGAAAAUUAUUGGCCAAUGCCUUGAUGCUCUUAAAUACCAUGAAGCAUUUGAUUUGAUGAGAAAACAAAGAAUCAACUUAAAUCUGAUAUAUGAUCACGACCCUGAAAAAUUUAUUACCAACAUUGAUGUAUUUCUGGAUUCAAUUGAAAAUAAUUCUUGGUUGAAUCUCUUUCUAUCAGACUUAGAAAAUUUUGAUGUGACUCAAACAAUGUAUUCAAGUAAUUAUGAAACCAGAGAAGUUAACAAAGAAAUAAAGAUAAAAGUAAUAAAAAUAUGUGAUGCAAUUACAGAACAGUUAAGAAAAAGAGCAGAUAGAGCUGGAAGAAUACUACCAAUAAUCACAACUUAUGUUAAAAAAAAUACUGUUGAAGAUUUGGAAAAAGCUUUAACGAUUAUUAAAGACCUUAAAUUAAAAGAAACAAAUGGAAAAAAACUACCUGUAGGAUCAGAUGAAGCUCUUAAAUACUUGCUUUACAUGGUUGAUGUUAACCAUCUAUUUGAUGUUGCACUUGGCAUGUAUGAUUUUGACUUAGUUUUGUUAGUGGCUAAUAAAUCACAAAAGGAUCCUAAAGAAUACAUACCUAUGCUCAAUGAAUUGAAUGAGAUGGAUGAGAACUUCAAAUGUUUUUCUAUAAACAAACAUUUAAAAAGAUUUGAUAAAGCAGUUGAAUCUCUUGUGCAAUGUGGUCCUAGUCGACAUGAAGAAUUAAAGACUUUUGUAAAAUAUCAUAGUCUCUAUGGAGAAGCAUUGGCUUUACUUUCAAUUGAUGAUAAAAUAUAUAAACAAAUAUCUGAAGAUUAUGGCCUUUAUUUGAAAUUGAAGAAGCAUUUUACUAAAGCUGGAAUUAUUUACGAAAGGGCAAACAAUAUUGACAAAGCUAUAGAAUGUUAUAAAGAUGCCUUAGAAUGGGAGCUGGCUUUAAAAUUGGCUUCUAAUUGGGCAGAAGACCAGUUUAAAACUUUGUGUUGGUAUUUCAUAAACGGAUUGAAGAAUGAAAAGCGCCACAAUGAAGCACUAUCUAUUUUGGAACAAUACUAUUCUGAUCCUGAUGGAACCAUCUCAUAUGCUGUGGAGUGUGGACACUACAAGACAGCAUUACGGCUAUGUUCACAGUACUCAAAACCAAAUUUGAGAGAUGAAUUACUUACUCCGACAUUACUGGAAGACUUCAAAAAUAUGACAGACUUAAUAGAAACGAAUUGGUGCACCUUCAUACGUCACAGAGAUCGGCUUGAAGUUGUGAGAGCGAAUAAAAUAAAAAAUCCAAUUGAUGUUUACGACUUCUAUGUGAAUAAGGACAGUGAUUUAUAUUCGGAUGCGGGUAGCACAUUGGCGUCUUCAUCAAGAGGUUCAAGUCGUUCGUACCGUUCAAGCAAAAAUAGAAGGAAACAUGAGCGUAAAGUAGCAUCACUCAAGGAAGGAUCACAAUAUGAAGAUGUAGCUUUAAUAAUGGCGUUACACAGCCAUGUCACUGCUUCCUUUGAGUUAAGACUACAAGUAAAAGAGAUUGUAACAGUAUUGAGUUGUCUGAAUAAGGAUAAGGAAGCUCAUAUAUUGCAGUCAUCACUCGAAAAACUACUCAAAGAAAUGAAAGACAGUUUUAAAGAUAUUUGGACAAAUGAACUAGUGAUAGAGUCCACUAAUGCAUUUAUUACUGCACAAGAUGUUCCAGAAGGUGUCAGUUUUAUUCCACAAGGCAUAGCUUCAUUAGAACCACACAUAAGAAUAGCUCCAGUCAUUCACGAAAUCAAUUGGAAACUAGAUGGCCUAAAAUAAUUAUAUUAUGCUUGUUAACUUAAUAAAUAAACGUUUUAAACAAUU